AUGCUGAAUUGGUUACUUAAAAGGUCUUUCCUUUUAUUUGUUUUGAUAUCUCAUUUGGUGCUGUGUUUAUCCGAUACUUCUUCGAGGCUUUCAGCGAUAUCCCACGAAAAUGAGAACUUCGUCAUACCCGUCACCGAUGGUGAUUUAUCCCUAGUUUCGGGUGAUAGAGAUUUCUAUACAUUGUUGGUAUUGACUUCUAAUGACCCUCAGCAUGGGUGUGAACUUUGUCAUGAAAUAGAAUCAAUGGUGACUAGAGUGUCCAACGCAUGGUUUUCAGACUACGGUAGCACUAACUUCUUAUUCUUCAUAAACGUGGACUUGAAGUUCAAAGCUAAUUUUAAAUUAGCGAACCACUUAAAUAUUAAUACCGUACCUCAUAUUUGGCUCGUGCCGCCUGGAAAGCAGCGAGACAUCGAUCAGGACAAAGAGGUAACUAUUUUGGAUGAAUCUAGGUUUAUUUUUAAGGUUCCCAUAGCGUCAAAAGAUGAACAAGCAUUAGAAUUUGCUAGAUUUAUGUCAGAAGUCCUUCAAAAAAGCAUAAUCUUGAGAGAAGAGAAUCCAGUAUAUCACUUCCUCAGGGCCUUUCUUCCGACGUUACUUCUUGUUGUCAUUAUAAAGAAGAAAAACUCACAGUUUUUCAAUAAUUCUUCAAAAAAAACUAUUUACAUGGCUAUAUCUAUCCUCUUAAUCUUGACAUUCACUUGUGGUUAUCAAUUCUCUACCAUGGAAAAAGUUCCAUUUGUUGCGAAGAACGAUCGGGGUGGAAUCUCAGUUAUAAGUGGAGGCAUUCAUUACCAAUUUGGUAUCGAAACAAUCAUAAUUGCGCUCAAUUAUCUAAGCCUAGCCAUUUCAUUCAUUUCGCUUGUAUAUCUUGGCAAGUACAAAAUCACUAGUUCAAGCUUUAUCAAUUCGGAAGAGAAGAAGUUCAUUUUAAUUAAUUCAAAUGCAAUUGUUCUUUACCUUUUAUAUAGUUGUCUAACUAGCAUCUUCGAGACGAAGGAGCCUGACUACCCAUAUGGGCUCAAUAAGUUAUUUUAG